AUGCCUUCGUUCCGAACCAUCUUCUUGGCCGUGGCCGCCUCAUUCUCGGCUGUUGCCAAUGCCGAUUACACCAUCGACCCCGACAGCGUACCCAUCGGCACUAGAAAGGCUUGGUGUGAUCAGGAGAUGACUACAUGCCCCCUCAUCUGCCAACAGGUGGAACCUAGGACCACCAUUGACAACACUUGUGAUCCUGAGUCUCUCACGUAUGGCUGCCUAUGUGGCAACAACCUACAGCCAAACGUUUCCCAGUACUCGCUAAGCUUGCCCUAUUUCGUUUGCACACAGUGGGUAAUCCAAUGCAAAGAUGCCUGCCCUACAGACGCUUGCAAGUCAGACUGCCAGCAAAAGCACCCAUGUGGUGCCCAGGACCCUGUCAGGCCCAACGCGACCAAGACUGCUGGUGCCUCAGCCACCUCCACGGGAGGCUCGAACACGAUCUACACAAACGCACCCGGGGGCGGUAGCGACAAUGGAAAGAAAGGCGCCGGCGCAGCGCUCGAGGUUGGACGGACAUAUGGACUGGCUUUCGUCUUGACCAGUCUCUUUGCUGGUUUUGCCCUUUUGUAA